GGGAGAGCCGAGAUCCUGCUGCUGACCGAGAUCCCACUUGGCUGAAACAACUCGGAGAGGGCGUGUUUGGCCGAGACACCGGUGAAGGCCAGGUUCCUGGGCGUGUCCUAAGGGCUAAGGGACCUGGAGGACCCGUCCAGGACCACCAAGUGGUGACAGCGCCGGCGGCUGUGGACCAAGGAGCGAAGGCAGCUGGACGGGGGCGGGACCUGAAACUGGGGCCAGCGCCUCACGCAGUGGGCUUGACCUCUGCGGUCCGCAACCCGCUGUCUCAGGGCAACCCCUACUUGGUGGAACCAGAGGACCUUGCAUGCUGCUGGUUCCCAGGGAGGCUGAGGCCGCCGCACCCUCUUCACCGAGAUGGCCCUGCAAGGCGCCGAGAACGCGGCCAACACGGGGUCGUGCCCUGUCCCAGGCGCCCCGAGUGACACCGGGUCCUCCUCCUCUGGGCUGUGGGCCGCACUCUACGACUAUGAUGCGCGCGGCGAGGACGAGCUGAGCCUGAGGCGCGGCCAGCUUGUGCAGGUGCUGUCCCAGGACGCCGCGGUGUCAGGGGACCAGGGCUGGUGGGCCGGCCAGGUGCAGCGGCGCCUGGGAAUCUUCCCUGCCAGCUACGUAGCGCCGUGUCACCAGGUGUCAUCGCCCGCGCUGCCCCCGCCAAGACCCUGCUCGCCGGUGCACGUGGAUUUCGAGCACCUGGAGCUCAAGGAGCUGAUCGGCGCAGGAGGUUUCGGGCAGGUGUAUCGCGCCACUUGGCAGGGCCAGGAGGUGGCGGUGAAGGCAGCGCGCAGGGACCCAGAGCAGGAUGCUGCUGCGGCAGCCGAGAGCGUGCGGCGGGAGGCGCGGCUGUUCUCCAUGCUGCGGCACCCCAAUAUCAUCGAGCUGCGGGGUGUGUGCCUGACACAGCCUCACCUCUGCCUGGUGCUGGAGUUCGCGCGUGGAGGGGCGCUCAACCGCGCGUUGGCCACCGCCGCAUCCAAUCCCAGCACGCCAGGCCAGCACCGAAGGUUCAACAUCCCCCCACAUGUGCUGGUCAACUGGGCUGUGCAGAUCGCCCGGGGCAUGCUGUACCUGCACGAGGAAGCCGUGGUGCCCAUCCUCCACCGCGACCUCAAGUCCAGCAACAUUUUGCUGCUGGAGAAGAUAGAUCAUGACGACAUAUGUAACAAGACACUGAAGAUCACGGACUUCGGGCUAGCACGGGAGUGGCACAGGACCACCAGGAUGAGUGCAGCGGGCACCUACGCCUGGAUGGCCCCUGAGGUCAUCAGGUCCUCGCUGUUCUCUAAGGGCAGCGACAUCUGGAGUUAUGGUGUGCUGCUGUGGGAGCUGCUGACAGGUGAGGUCCCUUACCGUGGCAUCGAUGGACUGGCCGUGGCAUAUGGGGUAGCGGUCAACAAGCUCACACUACCCAUCCCAUCCACCUGUCCAGAGCCAUUUGCCAGGCUCAUGAAAGAAUGCUGGGAACAAGACCCUCAUAUCCGUCCCUCGUUUGCCUUAAUUCUUCAACAGCUGACUGCAAUUGAAGGGUCCCUCACAAGUGAAAUGCCCCCGGAGUCCUUCCAUUCCAUGCAGGACGACUGGAAACAGGAGAUCCAGCAAAUGUUCAGUGAGCUGAGGACCAAGGAGAAGGAGCUGCGUUCCCGGGAGGAGGAACUGACUCGAGCAGCACUGCAGCAGAAAUCCCAACAAGAGCUGCUCAGACGCCGGGAACAGCAGCUUGCAGAGCGCGAAAUCGACGUGCUGGAACGGGAGCUCAACAUCCUCAUCUUCCAGCUCAGCCAGGAGGCACCACAAGUGAAAAAGAGGAAGGGAAGGUUCCGGAGGGGGCGGCUGAGGCUCAAAGAUGGCCACCGCAUCAGCCUGCCUUCAGAUUUCCAGCAUAAGAUCACAGUGCAGGCCUCCCCAAGCCUGGACAAGCGCCGGAGCCCAGACAGCAGGCUGUGCAGCCCACCUGGCAGCCCUGCAAUGCUACCCCGUCUCCGAGCUAUUCAGUUGACUUCAGAUGAAAGCAAUAAAACUUGGGGAAGAAAUGUGAUCUUUCGACAAGAAGACUUUGAAGAUGUGAAAAGCAAUUUCAAGAAAAAAGGUUGUACGUGGGGACCAAACUCCAUUCAAGUGAAAGAAAGAGUUGCCAGGGUCAGGCCUCUCUCAGAUGGGAACAGCCCUUGGUCAUCUGUAUUAAUGAAAAGUCAGAAGACCACACCUUUGACUUCAUUGUUUGUGGACCAGACAGGGUCUUGUGAGGAGCCAAAACUUGUCCCCGAUGGAUUGGAACAUAGAAAACCAAAGCAAAUGAGGUUCCCUGGCCAGGCCUUUGUUGGUCUACCUCUUUGCAAAGACAGUCAGAAAGAGAACCUAGUAGAGACUGAUGUCCAAGAAGAGGCACCCUCUCCAGGCUCCCCUCGGGGGACCCCAGCAAAUAGCUUGACUGCACCCAUGCUGAGGAAGAAAACAGAGUCAGCACUGUAUGACUGUGCGAUGCUGUUGGCUUCGGUGACUUUGGGCCUAGACUUCAGGGAGCUACAUGGAUCCCAGGCCCCUGAAGAACUAUCACCCAAAGAGGAAAAGGAGGAAGAAGACGCCCUCCAGUGGUCCUCCAGGUCCCGAGAAAGUACCAGUCCAUCCCUGAGGCAGCCAGCUGUAGGCAGAACACCCAGUGGUUUGCCUUCUCUCCCAAUGCCAAGUACCGCAAGCCUUUUCUUGAAGCCUUCUCUUUCCACGGGGUGUUCAGUACAGAUAGAUAAAGACAAACCACACACAGAAAACACUCAGAUCUCUUGUGACCCCACAACACUCACUCCAGAGUACUGUUCUGCAGACCUAGAAAGCAGCUGCCAGCCUAUCCCUGUGCAAAGACUUGAGACUGAACAUGGUGUGUUAAGGAGCCCAUCCCCUGCCCUCCUGGGACAGUCAGAUGAGACUCUCCCUGUCUGUGCCAACUCAGGAGAGAGAGCAUCGCAUCAGAGGUGGAUGAUGUCAGACCAAACUCCUUUCAAGUCUCUAAGUGCCCUUAGAGCCUCCAGGCCACCACACUCUGCCUCACCUGGUCCUCAAAGUGACCUGGCAAGCCAGGACUCUCCUCAGCAAGCCCAAGGUGUCUGGACUGAGCAUCACGCAUGCGCUGUCUCCCCACAAAGCCCACAAGCCGUCUCACUGAGGACAGCAUCCCUGCCUGCCUGGGCACGUGACAUGGACCAUGCAACACCAGCCUCUGCCAGUUUCCUUGGCACUCAGGAGAGAAGCAGAUACCAGGGACUUUCCUUCCUGGACAUUGACGUGGAAGGUCAGAGCAACGACUGCACCGUGCCCCUGUGUAGAGUGAAGAGCGUGGCAUGCCAACCAGCCAUCUAUGCCCUGGAAAAAGAUUUUCUGACCUAAGCUUUUACCCUUCCAGCAUUAAUGUUGGUGGAUAGUGAAAACAUUGUAUGUGCCUUUGUGCAGUGUCUAGGUGCUGUGUUGCAAAGCUGUGACCACAUGACUCAGCUGGUGGUGGAAGCUAGCUCCAAAGAGUAUUUGUGACUGCUAGUGGCUGUUGGCAUCAAGUGGCACUGGAUUUGAAUUACACAGUAUCUUGAAAUGCCCAGAACUAUGCAAAAACAGGAACUAUGCACCAUGCCAGCUUCGACGGGUGACCAAGGGGGUUCCACACAUCCUCCUUGCUUAUGCCUUGUUCACAGCAUACAAUGAAGUUGCAGUGAACCCAUCCCUUCUUUCA